GGAAAGCAAAUGCUGAAAUGGACCACAACAUGUUAAGUUUUGGCUUUGGUACACACUUUCUGCUCUGAAUUAUAAAUUUCUAACCAGCAUGACUCCAGAUCGUGAAGGAGCUGUUGCUGUUGAACGGGAUACUGAAGAUAGAAUCAGUGCUCUACCAAGUAACGUUAUAGAUGGUAUCUUAAGUCUCCUGCCUGUUCACGAUACUGAAGAUAGAAUCAGUGCUCUACCAAGAAACGUUAUAGAUGGUAUCUUAAGUCUCUUGCCUGUUCACGACGCAGCAAGAACUAGUAUUUUGUCCAAAAAUUGGAGAUAUAUUUGGCCCAUGCUUCCCAAUUUGGUGCUUGAUAAUCACUUUUGCAAUAAAUUAGCACUAAAAUCUCAAUCUGUCCUCAAAGAAACGGUAGAUGAGAUUCUCUUAGAACAUGUUGGAGACAUCGUGAAAUUUGUUCUUGAUAUGUCAGGAACACAUUUGACUUCAUAUGCAGAUAUUGAUAGAUUGGUGCGUUUUGUCACCAGAAAUUAUGCAGAUAUUGAUAGAUGGAUGCGUUUUGUCACCAGAAAAAAUGUCAAGGAGCUAAUCCUUGACAUGCCAGAUAAUAGUACUUAUAAACUCCCUUCACAUGUGUUUAAUUGCCCAACCCUGUCAUAUUUGGAACUCCGCAACAGUUUAUUCAAACCACCAAAUUCUUUUCUAGGCUUUCAGAAUCUUAUAAACCUCUGUCUGAAUAAAGUAACCUUUGUGUCAAGCCCAGAUUUUCCUGUUAUUAACGCCCCCUUUCUUGUCAAAUUGACCUUGACGCACUGUAAUGGUACUCAAAACCUCAACAUUGUUGUCUCAUCGCAGUUGAAGUACUUGUCAGUUCGUGAGAGUCAUUAUAAUCUUGACCUAAAUCGCUUUAUGACCUGCAAAAAGUUGACAUGCUUAAACCUUGCGGUUGAGAGUCCAAUAUCUGCUGAUGAAAGGUCAACUCAUGAACAGUUUAUUUUUAGCUUGUCUACACUUGAGGUACUUACUUUGGCUUCACAUUUCCUUGAGCUUUUGAGUGCAGGUGCAGUCCCAAAUGGGCUUCCUAUUACACUCAACUGCUUGUGGCAUCUAAUGUUAGGUGUAAACUUCAGCAAAUUGGGCCAGACUUCUUACACUCUGGAGUUGAUUAAGAAUUCCCCCAAUUUGAGAAAACUUGAAAUUUGGGACAAUACUACCAGUGACCCUGCUAAAGCUGUUAUGAAAUAUCUUGACACACCAGCCUGUUUGGACCGAACACUCAACAAGCUCAGAGAUGUUUCCAUCCAUUAUUUUAAGCGUUCAAAAACUGUACUAUCUUUCGUAAAGUUAUUGUUUGCUCAUGCUCCAUCUUUGUUAAGGAUGAGCAUUAAGCCGACAAAAGCUCCUAGUUCCAAAGAAGAAUUGAAUAUUGCCAUAGAGUUGAUGCGUUUACCCAGAGUAUCUCCUAAGGCAGAUCUAUGCUAUCAUCCAGUUGAGUAGUUGAAUUAAGGCUGAGUGAUGCUUUUAUCUGUUCUCGAUGAAUUUUGUUAAAGAAGGGAAUGAAUUGGCGAAUUAUGUAAACUUGCGUGGUUCCUGUAUUAAAUAGGUUACUUCAAUAGUAGAUGUUUCGAAAAUCCAGUCUUUAUUAAUGUGCCUGAUAAGAAUAGCAGUGCCUUUGCUAA